AUGAGUAUAUCCGCAUAUUCUUAUGAAGCUGAUAGGGCGAAAAGAUUAAUUUUUGGUUCAUACACGUUUUCAUUUGAUGAUGAGCAUUUAAUAAUCACUGAUGGAAAAACUGAACAUUAUAUCUCAUGGAAAGAAUAUGAAAAAUUUAUUCCAAUAUUAACGCCAUGUACAAUGCCUUUUAUUAAAACUGGUGAAAUUAUUGAAAAAGAUAACACAACAGUAUAUAGGUCUGUUUAUGAAGCAUUAGAAUAUAUGUUGAAUUAUAAUCCCGAAAGAUUUGACCCAAGCACUACGCCAUGUGCAAUGCCCUUUCUGAUGGACGGUGAAAUCGUAAGGGUUCCGAAUUCAACGGUUUAUACAGCUGUUCAAAACAGUUUACAAAACAUUUUAGCGAAUAUCUUUAAUUCAGAAACUACAGAAAUAAAAUUACCGUAUAUAACAGAUGCUAAAGAAAUUAAAUUAAAAACAACAACAUUAUUUACAUCACUUAAUGAUUUAAUGACUUAUAUAAUUAAUACUCCCCAGCCGACUUCGGCAUUUGACCCUAACUCGACGGUUUGCAGUGUACCUUUCAUAAAUGACAGUUCAGUAAUUGAAUUAAGGGAUUCAACAGUUAAUGAAUCAUUAAAAGCUUCAUUAAUGAAAAUCAUUGAUUUUAACUCAUUCAUGAAUACAUAUAAUUCAUUCAUUAAUGUUUCAUACACUUCUAAAGAAGGUGAGCCAAAAACUAUCGAUAAAGCGGUGUAUGAAAUAAAAGCAUCAAUGACGAAAUUGAAUUCGUUAACUUUUGACGGUGAUAGUUCCGUUAACAGCAUGACAUUAGGGAAAACGAUUUUAACGAAAGAAUAUUUAAAAUCUCAUGUUAGUGAGUUCGUUGAAAUUGAAAAAGAAGGCGGAAUUAAGUUCGAUCCACUGGGUUUCAUUUUUGACUUAGCGAAUAUGGACGUUUUUGGGGUCGAAAGCGGGAAUGAGUGA